AUGCUUUCCAAGUACAAAGAUACUGAUCUACCUUCUUUCGUCUGGGUGGGUAUUGAGGAAGUCAAACGGUUCAAUAUAGCGCUCUACAGACUUUGUGCGAAAUUGAGCAGCUGUGCCUCGGAGAACAAGCCUCUGCUGCAUGCGAGUGAACUCCAAUUCCCUCUGCCAAGCAAUAAUGCUCUGUGGAAUUCUGUUGAAAGAGAGGAGUGGGAAGCUAAUGCGAAAGAGGAGGAUUCUAUCUCGUUCAAAAAUGACCUCCAGGCAAGCCUCUGGACCGAGCGCUAG